CGAUAAUUUCCUGCCCUCCUCAUAACAUAGCAGAUGUGAAUUUGGUACAAAUAAUAAAGAGUUAGUGUUUCAUGCACUCAGCAAUGUUCUUACGGGAAUACUUAUGUUAACAUACAUCGGGAUACUUAGUUUGAAUUGUUAAGUCUCAAUAUGGAUAUCGCAAAUGGGCCAGUUAUGCUCGUAAUACAAAUGAGCUUGUUAUUAUCAGUAAGUUUAGGAGAAAUGAUCCGAAAUGAUUUAUGCGCUCCUUGCGUCUGUACAUCGAAAAACGAAACGUCCGGUCUGUAUACGGUGAGUUGCGCCUCCAAUCCGACACUGAAAGGGCACAUACCUAAAUUCAAACAUAUCUUGGAAGACCAGAUCAUUCAGCUGGAUAUGUCCAAUAACAAUCUUCACAAUCUGACGAGCCAAACGAAAACACCCUUUGCUAACUUCUCGGAACUGCAAGAACUGAAUAUGUUCAACACAUCUCUCAAGUUUAGAAUGAACAGCAUUACAACGAUUGAUAACGAAACGUUUGUUGGACUUUCCAAAUUAAAAGUUCUCAAUAUUUCUCACAACGUGGACCUUCCUCUUACGAACUUAACCGACGAGUAUUUAUUCAACCAUUUGACGUCGCUGCGAAAACUAAUAAUGUAUCAGACCACUUUUAUUUACCACAUUAACAAAAGUUAUCCGAGCAAUGUAUGGAAAAACAUACCCUCUCUGCAAGAAAUAUGGAUUGAUGGUUUUUCUUUAGAACCGUUUGGCAAAGAUUUCCGUAAUAUGUCGAAUCUACAGAUCGUCGUAAUAUCUGGGAAUCUUACUUCUCCGAUUGAGGAAUAUCCCGAUUUCUGCGAUAUGGAGGAAAUCACUGACAACACGUUAUUCAAUCUGGUCCACGUCACUGAUUUGUCCAUCGUCCACUGUGGAAUUGAGAGCAUUUCGAAAAACGCAUUUCAGAACUUGGUAAAACUCCAAAAACUUGAUCUGUCACAAAAUGACGCGCUUACAUUAGAGAUGGCAUCAAGGAGCUUUACAAGUUUACAUAGGGGGAUUCAAUACCUUUAUCUUGACAGUGUUGAUAAAGUCAAUUCUUUAGGUUGCGAUGUCAAUAUAACUACAACUAUGGCAGAGUCAUUGUCGCACACCUCCUUAAAUACUUUGUCCUUGGAUGAUAAUCGAAUAAAGUCUGUUGAAAUAGAUGCGUUUUUGAAACUGCCUAAGACUCUGGAACACCUUAGUGUGAAACAAAACAAGUUUGAGCUCGGAUUUUACAUGUUUUACGCGUAUCAGCUGACUAACCUGAAGUCAAUUGACCUAUCAUAUAAUUUUUUUGGACAUGCUUACAGCCUGUGGCGGCAGCCUAAUUCCUUAACAGUAUCACGUAACGAUUUGAAUCCGAAAAUGACACACGAUGAGCUCGGUCGCAGCGUUGCCAUUUCCGAUGACAUUGAAUGCCAAAAACCACAGAAUUUCAUCCCAACGAUAUCUGUUACGGGAUUUCUUCCACCAAAAUUGGAAGAAAUCGAUAUAAGUAACAGCAAAAUUGGAUUUCCAAUAUACGACUUUUACAUAGACACAAAUAACUCUUUGAAACGUGUCAUUGGAUCGAAUUCGCUUUUGUAUUGCUGGGCGGGACCGGUGCAUGGUGUUAAACAUGUGGAAGUUGUUGACCUAAGUAAUAACUUUUGUUCCAUAGUAAAGAAAGAUUUCUUUAAAAAUAUGCCCAAUUUGAAGCAAUUGUUCCUUAAAAAUAAUAAUCUGUUCUAUGUUGUUCAGAAUAAGAGACUGUUUUACGCUAAUUUUGAGAUUGAAAUUAUUGAUUUGUCUUUUAAUAGAAUUAGUAGACUGCACCCACUUCUUUUCGCAAAUCAAACUAAAAUGAGAAUUAUUAAUUUGGCUAAUAAUAACUUGAUUGAAUUUGAUAGCAGGAUAAGUCAAAUGAAAUCAUUGGUGUCAUUAGAUAUGUCAUAUAAUCACAUGUACACAUUAACAAAAGAACUUCGAUCCGACCUUGACAUUAUCAGAGCUUCCAGACAGAAUGGUUCACUGACUCUGAAUCUAAAGAGAAAUGCUUAUAGUUUGUUCUUGUGAUAAUUUAGAAGUAUUGGAAUGGAUUCUUGACCACACUGAGCCACCCGUUAGUUUGCUAAAAGUGAUGAUCUCUGAGUGUUACUUUACCCAUAACAUGUCCUCAUCGCUUCCUAAUGCAAUUUCUAUAAACUCAAAACAAGAUUUAGAGUUCCAAGUAGAUUUUCUUCGACACUAUUGUGCUUCAUACACAUCUCUUAUCGUUGUCUCAGGUAUUAUUAUAUUUAUAGUUAUUAAUAUUAUUGUCGCAGGAAUUGUGCAUAGAUUCCGAUGGAAGAUAAGAUAUUGGUACUAUAUAAAUGUGAAUAAAGCAAAACAACGCAGAGGUUAUAUGGCGUUGAAUAGAAGUUACGCACACGAUAUUUACCUGGUGUACGACGAAGACGAUCAAGAUUUCGUCUUAGACAUUUUACAACCCAAACUCAAUGAACUGCAAUACACAGUGUAUUCUCAAAACGAUAUUAGGGGA